CCAUCGUUGGCGAUAAGCUUCUAAUCGCAUUCCAAACCUCCAGCUUUGCCUGGUUUCUGUACAAUUCCAAAGGCGAUCCACGAUUGACCCGCCGACACGAUGUCGCUUUCAUCUGAGGUGCGCGAUCGGUUUAUCGAGAUAAUCGACUCGAUUUUAGCGAAAAGUGAUCUCAAUACCAUCUCCGAGAAGCGCAUUCGCAAAGGUCUGCAGGAGGAAGUCGGCUAUGACCUCACCCCCCAAAAGGCUGCGGUGAAGCAGCUCAUCAUGGAGCGAUUCGACAUCUACGCGGAGAAAAAUGGAGUUGGCGAAUCACCCGAGGAAGCCUCAGAGGAAACCGCAAACAACGGUCACCAGGAUGGUGAUUCUGCCUCCGGGGUCCCCUCGCCACCCCCAUCCUCAUCCCCGGUGAAGCGCCAGGCCGAAAGUGAAGAAGCGUCUGAUCCGAGCGAUUCCUCCCCUCCCCCGAAGAAACUCAAGCCGGACGCCGAUGUUGACGCCGACGCCCUGUUUGCUGCUAAGUUGCAAGCAGAAGAAAAUUUGCGCGCGCGACCAACACGAGGAGGAAAUACACGACGGGCGGCUCCGGCAAAGAAAAAGAGCAAGGCCAAGGCCAAGACUUCCAAGAGGGUUAAGGCAGAAGAUGAUUCGGAUGUCGAGUCUGGUUCAGACACAAAGAAGGAAGUCAAUCGGACGGGUGGUUUCCAUAAACCUCUCAAUCUCUCACCCCCUCUAUCUGCGCUCCUGGGCGAGGCUACGCUGUCACGACCUCAAACGGUAAAGAAGGUCUGGCAAUAUAUUCGGGAAAAUGAACUUCAGGACCCGAGUGACCGUCGCCAGAUUCGUUGUGACGAUGCAAUGCGCGCUGUCUUCAAGCAGGAUCGGGUGCACAUGUUCACCAUGACUAAGAUCCUCAAUCAGAACCUAUAUAACCCUGACGAGUAGCCGUCAGUUGUUGGCUGGCUGUGCUGCACUCUCGGAUCGGUUCAGUAUCCGAUGUAAUGACUCUCAUCCUUUCAAGAUUGAUUUCUUGGAUAUUUUUCUGCGAUGCAUGGGGAUGCUGGCGUGACUCAUUCAACCGUUUUGCCCGUCGAGGCUUUGGUAUCUUCUGGC